CAAGAUUCUUCAAAAAUGUUUAUCACUAUUUUGAAAACCGGUAAGCCUAUCUAUACCAGUAGGAAUUAUAAACUCUGGUACAAUCAUAUCAGAACCAUGAGUAGCUCAGCCGUCAAGCCUAAUGUGGAUGAAAAUCUUGUUUGGAUAGACAUGGAGAUGACAGGUCUUGAUCUGUCCAUACACCGGAUAAUUGAGGUGGCUUGUAUUAUUACUGAUGGCCAAUUGAAUGUAAUUGCAGAAUUCCCUUCCUUGGUGAUUAAUGAACCAGAAGAAGUUUUAGCCAAAAUGAAUGAGUGGUGUGUCGUAAAUCAUGCUAAAACCGGUUUGACAGAAGAAGUGAGAAAAAGUAAAAUCACUUUGGAAGAAGCUGAAACAAAAUUGUAUAAUUUCAUCAGUCAACACGUUCCUCCAGGCAAAUGUCAGUUGGCAGGCAACAGUGUCUACAUGGAUAGAUUAUUCAUUAAGCAGUUCAUGCCUAGAAUAGAUGGUCACUUACAUUAUCGUAUCGUAGAUGUCUCAGCAGUCAAAGAACUCUGCAGGAGGUGGUAUCCAUCAGCAUACGAAAGAAUGGUUAAAAAUAAAUUGUUAGCACAUAGAGCUUUCGCUGACAUCAAGAAUAGUAUAGAAGAGUUGAAAUAUUAUAGAUCAACUAUUUUCAAAGAAAGUCUAUCAUAGUUAUGAGUCUUAUUAAACGCAUGUUUCUCUCGCA